UUAUGUUUAUUUUUAGAUUUUGAGCUCUCUGGGAACAGGGGACCAUCCAAUUCUAUUUCUUAUUCAUUUUCCUAUGUAAAUGGCUUUGAAAACAUUUGUUGAAAGGGGGAAUAUAAAUAUCUGUAGUAGUGGGAGUCAGAGGUGCUCUGAGGUAAUUUUGGAGCCUGGCCCUAAAGCUUUGUAGCCAGCCCGCCCCCUGCUCAAAUUAAGCAUUGUCAUGCUCUGCUGGGCGAUCACACCACCAAGGACAGACUGAAGAGGGUUUGGAGGGCCCCAGGGGCUGUGAAGGCCCCGGACCUUGGCCCCAAAGUCCAGGGGCAAGUAAGACAGAGACUGAAAGAUCAAGUGGCAGAGAUGAAGCAGAGAGCCCCUGGUUUCAGGCCAGGCCUUGCAAUUUUGCAGGUCGGUGAUCGGGAUGAUUCAAAUCUCUAUAUUAGUAUGAAGCUGAAGGCUGCUGCAGAGAUUGGGAUCAACGCCAAUCAUAUCAAGCUGCCAAACACUGCAACGGAAGCUGAGGUGCUGAGAUGCAUAAAUGGUCUGAAUGAAGACCCAGCAGUUCACGGCUUUAUUGUACAAUUACCUCUGGAUACCAACAAACCCAUCAACACAGAGAAAAUAACCAAUGCUGUGGCACCUGAGAAGGACGUGGAUGGGUUGAGCAGCAUCAAUGCAGGGAAGCUCUCCCGCGGUGACCUUGGUGACUGCUUCAUCCCCUGCACACCAAAAGGAUGCAUGGAGCUUAUCAGGCAAACAGGUGUCCAAGUGGCAGGCAAGCGAGCCGUAGUGAUCGGGCGUAGCAAGAUAGUUGGAGCUCCAAUGCAUGACCUGUUGCUCUGGAACCAUGCGACCGUGACCACUUGCCACUCCAAGACUGCAUCGCUGGCUGAUGAAGUCAGCAAAGCUGAUAUCCUGGUGGUGGCUGCUGGCAAGGCUGAAAUGGUGAAGGGUGAAUGGAUUAAGCCUGGCGCAGUAGUGAUCGACUGCGGAAUCAAUUACAUACCAGAUAGCACAAAGGCCAGUGGGAAAAGGGUGGUUGGAGAUGUGGCAUACAGUGCAGCCAAGGAAAGAGCGGCUUACAUCACUCCUGUACCUGGUGGUGUCGGACCAAUGACGGUUGCUAUGCUGAUGCAGAGCACAGUAGAAAGUGCCCAACGUUUUCUAGAGAAGCACCAGCCGGGCAAGUGGAAUAUUCAGUAUAACCAGCUCAGUCCUAAAACUCCUGUUCCAAGUGACAUUGAAGUUUCUUGGUCCUGCAUCCCCAAACCCAUUGGGCAGCUGGCCAGAGAGCUCGGCUUGCUUUCCGACGAGGUGGAGCUCUACGGUCACAGCAAGGCCAAGAUAGUGCUGUCGACUCUGAAGCGCCUGAAAGACCAGCCGGAUGGCAAAUACGUUGUGGUAACAGGUAUAACUCCCACGCCUUUGGGGGAAGGAAAAAGCACCACAACAGUCGGGCUAGUUCAGGCCCUGGGGGCACACCUUGGUCGGAACGCUUUUGCCUGUGUGCGGCAGCCUUCGCAAGGACCCACGUUUGGAAUUAAAGGUGGUGCUGCUGGAGGUGGCUAUUCUCAGGUUAUUCCUAUGGAGGAGUUUAAUCUCCAUCUUACCGGUGAUAUCCAUGCUAUCACUGCAGCCAAUAACUUGGUGGCUGCUGCUGUUGACGCCCGCCUUUUCCAUGAGGCAACUCAAUCUGAUCAGGCUCUCUAUUCUCGCCUGGUCCCUUCCAUUAAUGGCACUAGAAAGUUCUCCGAUAUCCAGAUACAGAGACUGCAGAGAUUGCAUAUUAAGAAAACUGACCCCAAGGCUUUGACAGAUGAUGAAAUAAACAAAUUCGUGAGAUUGGAUAUUGAUCCAGACAGCAUAACGUGGCCAAGAGUCCUGGACACAAAUGACAGGUUUCUGCGCAAGAUCACAAUUGGCCAGUCCCUGACAGAGAAGGGCUUCUCGCGUAUGGCCCAAUUUGACAUCACCGUCGCCAGUGAGAUCAUGGCAGUCUUGGCACUCACCAGCAGUCUAGAGGACAUGAGAAGACGCUUGGCUAAAAUGGUGGUUGCUAAUAGCAAGAAAGGUGUUCCAAUUACAACAGAAGAUCUGGGAGUGAGUGGUGCCCUGGCAGUUCUAAUGAAGGAUGCCAUUAAACCAAACCUCAUGCAAACUUUGGAGGGCAACCCAGUGUUUGUCCAUGCUGGUCCAUUUGCUAACAUUGCUCAUGGGAACUCUUCCGUCCUGGCAGACAAGAUUGCCCUAAAGCUCGUUGGCAAGGAAGGGUUUGUAGUGACAGAAGCAGGCUUUGGGGCAGAUAUUGGUAUGGAAAAGUUCUUUGACAUCAAGUGCCGUUAUUCUGGUCUGCAGCCCCACGUGGUGGUCUUGGUUGCCACUGUCCGAGCUCUCAAGAUGCAUGGCGGAGGGCCCACUGUCACAGCUGGGGUUCCCUUACCAAAGGAAUACACUGAGGAGAACCUGCCGCUUCUGGAGAAAGGUUGCAGUAACUUGUGCAAGCAAAUCCAAAAUGCCAGGGUGUUUGGCAUUCCAGUUGUUGUGGCGGUCAAUGCAUUCAAGUCAGAUACAGAGGCAGAACUGCAGCUGGUCGUCCGGUUGGCUAAGGAAGCUGGGGCUUUUGACGCCGUGAAAUGCACGCAUUGGGCCGAUGGAGGGAAAGGAGCCCUGGCCCUGGCAGAAGCUGUGGAGAAAGCAUCGCAGGCCUCAAGCCAUUUCAGGUUCUUGUAUGAUGUUGAGCUGCCAAUUAUAGAUAAGAUCAGAAUGAUUGCACAGACGAUCUAUGGGGCAGCUGAUGUUGACUUGCUGCCAGAAGCAGAACAGAAAGUUAUUCUGUACACUAAACAGGGAUUUGGAAACCUUCCUAUUUGCAUGGCUAAAACCCACCUGUCGCUGUCUCACGACCCAGAACGGAAGGGAGUGCCCACAGGCUUCGUCUUGCCCAUCCGAGACAUCCGAGCUAGCGUGGGCGCGGGAUUCCUGUAUCCAUUAGUAGGAACAAUGAGCACCAUGCCAGGACUUCCCACUAGGCCUUGUUUCUAUGACAUUGACCUGGAUCCAGUGACCGGACAGGUGAUCGGUCUGUUCUAAAAUUGAUCAGACAAUCAAAGGCACCUGAAGAGUAAUGUGAUUUUUACAAAGCCUGGACUUCCAAAUAUGGCAAGAUCUGAACUCACUGGAAACUAGAAAUCUUUGGAAACAACUUCUCCUCGUGCAUUUUUAACCAUCUGCAAUACUUUAUUUUUUUAACAAGUUGUCCCACUUUUUUACUUGCUGCAGAUGAAUAUUUGUAUGAUACUACUUUAAACACAGACAUGCUUUUAAAAAUGAGCUCUGAAUGUGGCUCACCGUAGUAGCAGUUUAGAAAAAGAGACAUUUUUUUAACCUCUUCUCUCAGCCUCUCUAAAAUAUGAACGUGUUUUUUUGUUUUUACCUCUUGGAUCUUCAAAAGCUUUGAUCUAAUCAUAGUGAAAGAAGUGGUAUGUUCUGCUAGAAUGGGGUCGGUAACUUUGCACAUAUCCCCCUCUCCACAGUCAGCAGCAAAAUCUAGGAAGGGGUUUUGUUCAGUAAGGCCGUGAGCUCAGUAGUAGAACACAAUGUUUUAUAUACAGAAGGUACCAGGUUCAAUUUCCAGCUAGUAAGGAUCGCAGGAAGCCGGGUUAGGAAAGGCCUGACCCCUUGGAGAGCUGCUGCCAGUCAGAGCAGACAGUGCUACACUAGGUAGACCAAUGGUCUGACUCUGUGAGGCAGGCUCAUACAGUCUUAACUUUUUAUUCAGUGGCAAUUCAAACCUUAAAUACAGUCCUCUAAUAGCAUGUGAUCCACCCAUCUGAAUGCAAUCACCAGCACGCCUGGCAGCUCACUCACUCAGCCUGUUUUUAUUCUCGUUUGUGUGUAUCUGGCUGUUGGGAAAGCAUUCAGCUUGGUGGGUCACUUGUGCAGGCUCACUGUCAUGUAUGCAACAAGUAUCAACAGUGGAGAGAACUGCUCCAGAGGAUUGUUCAUUGAGUUGUCUCCAGUGGCAGCUCCUUACACACUUGAGGGCAGAUCAGCCCAUCACCUGUGCAAUGCUUACUUGACGUCUGGUACCUCCUCCCAAACGCACAUGCACAUUUUUUUGUCUAUGCAGCUACUUUGUAUAUCCAAGAGCCCUAUUAACACAUGAUGUUCAACACAAUCUCUGUACAGUGUAUGAAUGUCUGUAUGCAUAUGCAGUUACUCAUGUCUUGUGCUGAACAUGCCUACAUUUGAGGGACCAGUACGCAGCUUCCCUUUUUAGACAAAUGCAGGUACAGUCAUGCACACAAAAACGUGUAUAUGUGUACCUGUUUGCACAUACAGCAUCAUGUCUGGAUAGGGCUACAGUCUCUUUGGAGACUGGAUUUCCUUCACAGCGACUGGAACAAGAAAUAAAUUAUCUGCUUCUGCUCAUAAAAUAACCUGAUGCUUAAACUCAGACUCUGUUUUAAUACUCUUAAUGUUCUUAUUUCUUCUCAACAAGCAACCAAUUUCCCCAACACCUGGCAUGCAUUCAGAGCAGGGCACAGGGGUACAGAGCAAUGAUUUUAUAGCUUGGGUACUAGCCAGACAUAGCUGCAAACUGUGUAGAUCUGGUGGAAUCCAUAAAUCGUCCAUUGAUUUUUAUGUACUUUCGCUGUGGAGACUCUGUGUGCCUUGAAGUCCAAACACUGUGCCUGUCUGACCGCCGCACUCAAUUUUGAAUUCCUUUUGAAAGCUGCUUUGCUGUGAGGGUUGGAGGCACCGAUUCUCCCCUUUCUCUCCAUGCCUCCAGCCCAGAUCUGGAAGGUGUGUUUGUAUUUAACUGAUCUUUACUAGGCAACAGAGACCAGGACCUAUGUAGUCUGGUGCAGUCCACACUGAUGGCUUCCCAGGUAUAUUGAGGAGAAGUGCAGAAGAGCACCUGGGUCUCCCAGCAUGUUCUAUCAGGCCUUGCUGUGCCUCACUGCCACCAACCCUUAGAAUUCCUUGCCAGCUUUGAUGGAGAAAUUAGAGGGACUGUGCUACGGGUUUUGUGGUGGAAUGAUUUGGGGAAACCCAGAUCCUGACCUCCAAAAGAGUCCCAGGGUGAUAGGUAGUAUUGCCACUUCCAUCAGCAUCCUGUAAUGGAAACUUGGCUGCAGGCUUGAUCAGAGUUCCCGCUAACUGGAAUUCACAAAUGCUGUUGACUACAACUCCCAUAACCCCCAGCCAAAGACCAUUGCAGCUGGGGAAGCUGUGAGUUGUAGUCAACCUCUGGGAAUCUCUGUUAGAGGGAACACGGCCUUUAUUUUUAUUUUUUAAUCUGAAGUCAAUCAAAUGCCUGUAGAGGCCUCUCUUUCCCUUUGUGAGGAGACUGGAGCUCCCACAUGAGAAUCAGCGGGAGGGACAUUUCUUCCUGUGGUGCCUGUUUUUAAUGGGUCCCUGAUAUUCCAAUUCAUUUUUUUGGUAUUUUUGUAAUACUGUUUAAAAGUCAUGUUUCUCUUGAAACCAUCAAGCAAAAUAUAAAAGCUGUUUCAAAUAAAGUUUGUCACACACAUCUUCCUUUUCUCCCCCCGCCCCCAGAAAUCACCUCGUAAUGUGAACAUGUAAUUGUUGCCAGAUUGCAAUUAACACAAAUAAACUGCUACAUCCUUGGAAAGCA